GUACAAAACUACUGCAAUCCACCUGGAAACACACAGUUGGCAUAUUUUACAGGCAGCGUUAUUUACUGUUGUGUCUUUGUAAGGUUUGCUGUGAGUUAAGGGGAGUGCCUGAUCUUGUGUAAGAGAGUCAAGGCAAAAAUACGAAAAGAGACUUUCUACUCGGAAUGUGGGUUUGCCUUUCUUUUCCCACAUGCUGUGCUUGUGGCUCUGGAGCUCAUGUUGCCUCUCUAUUGCUUUGCUUUUUUGCUGAUGAUUAGAAGGAGAUGUGGCGUUUCCUGCAAAACAGCUGCUAGUAUUCCCUGGUGACCUGUCAGAGAGGAUUCAGUGGAAUUACAGAUUCAAAAGCAGACCUAGAGGACUUUGGCAGCUGCAGCAGAGGUUUUGGGGAAAGGUGGGGGGGUUGCAUUGUGUAUGAUGCAGGAAGGAGGAUUAGAAAUGGAGUACAAGGGCAUGGGAGAGAAGCUCUGGAGAUUCAGGGACUGUUAAGUCUCCAACAACAUAAGGACUUCACAUCUACAAACAAUUCAGAUUUGGCUGAGAAAGUUGGACUAUAUCCAUGUUUCCAUAGGACGUGGAGAAUCUCCUGGAAUAGUUUAAGAUUGUUCGCAAUGCUACUGAUGCAGAGUUUGCAAUGUGCGUUAGCAUGGUAUGUAGCGUUGGGCUUUUAGGCUCUUGCACAAACUAGAAAAAAUAACAGAUAUUGAUCUGAAAUUGAUUCUUUAGAAAGUGCAGUUAAUUCCAUGAGAGAGUGUUAAACUUUCCUCUGAGAUUAAUGUCAUUAAUACAUUAACUGGUUGACAGCAGAAGUCACAUGUUGCUUGUCCCUUGCUGCAACGGCUGCCCUAAGACAGCUGAGCGGUUGCAGAAGGAUUAAUGCAGUAAUGAGGAUUGUAACUUUGCUUGUGUUAGCUCUGCUCUUGGAUUUGACAGCAGCUGCUAUUUAGAAACAAAACAGAGUAUGUGUUUUUAUUUAUGUGGAGUGGAAACAUCCAUUUGGAAGUAUUUAAAUGAACCAGAAAAGUUCUUUUUCAUAUUUUAAGCUUCAGCACACAUUCAUAGUGUUGCAGGCUUCUGCAUAAACUGAUAUGCAUGUAGAAUUUAGGUUAGUAUCUUAUAAGUGAUAACUGGUUUUCUAGUUGCCUUGCUGGCUUUUUAUGUUUUUCAGGGGCCCAGAUUUUCAUUCUACUUCAGGUUCAUUUAUGUCCAGUAACUAUGCCACUUCUGUACGUGAACGGGGACAGCCAAUGUCUACAGCUGUGUGUGUACAAGUUCACCUGCCCUGCUAGAUCUAAUCUGUCUACACAUGAAAUGCAAACAAGCGUAGAAAUUUUUACACAGAUGGCUGGCUGUCUUCUGAAUGUGUUAGUGUGUGAAUACCUAAUUUUAUAACAAGUAUUUGAUGUGCAAAUGUCUUUCAUUCACAUAUUAUUACAUAGGCUAUACAAUAGCAGAUUUCUAUAUUGUGUGUAAGUCCUUGUAUAUAUGUAAAAUAUGAAUAGACAAAUAAGUAGAAAUUUAAAAAAAUAAUAAAAGUGACCAGGAAACUCGGUUUGAUAGAGGAUCACCACCACCCUGGUUUAAGCAGCCAAUUUUGACAGCUGACAGCCUUCUUGCUUUGUCAUAUAUUCCCAUUAUUUCUUUUUGAAACUUAUUGCCAAUGUUUAAAGCUGAUUCACUGCCACAUACGUAGUAAGGAAGGAGGAAGCAAGAGGCAACCUAAUAGUUCUUGAGAAGGAAUAUAUCAAUAUCUAUUUACAAGUUACGCCCCCACCAGUGAGAUUUGUCUAUAAGUUUUCACAGCUUCAGCAGGUUUGACCUCCUCUGGCUGUGCUUGCCCAGCUCAAACAGUGGUUUUCUGCCUCCUUGGAGGGAGUUACGCUUCCGGUUCUCCACUGUGGCCCUACCUGCAAGAACGAAGACACGGUUCAAUGUGUAAACCUUCCCCUUCUCCAGCUUCUCCAGCCUGCAAUUCCAGGACAUCCCUCGUACAGAUGAAACCGAAAUCCUGUAUCAGCGGCCAUAACCCUGUCAGCAGCAACUCAAAGCCAUUCAAAACGCCCAAAGACAAUCUACUUACCUCCAGCAGCAAACAGCACACAGUCUUUCCUUCAAAAGUAUCACGGGAUAAACCAUGCGUUCCUGUUCCAGUAGUCAGUCUAGAGAAAAUUCCUAACCUAGUGAAGGCAGAUGGUGCCAAUGUUAAAAUGAAUUCUGCAACCACUACCACCAUCACCUCCUCCUCAGCCUCUUCAUCCACCAUACCUGCUCCAACUUUGGUUAAAUCUGGUUUGACAUCCAAGUCAGUGCCACCAUCACCAGAAAAGAUUCUGAAUGGCAAAGGAAUUGUAGCUCCAUCAAUAGACAAGAAACACCAAAAUGGCACUAAAAGCAGUAACAAGCCUUACAAAAGACUUUCAGAAAGAGAAUUUGACCCAAAUAAACACUGUGGAGUACUGGAUCCUGAAACAAAGAAACCUUGCACAAGAUCGCUCACCUGCAAGACUCAUUCACUUAAUCAUCGACGAGCAGUUCCAGGCCGUAAAAAACAGUUUGACAUCCUUCUAGCUGAACACAAAGCUCGAUCCAGGGAAAAAGAAGUUGCAAAAGACAAAGAGCAUCCACCAUCUGCAAGGGAAAGCUAUCAGAGCCAGCCCACACCAGCACAAGACUCUCUGUCAGGAUCUUCAGUGAACUCUGGGCAAGAAUCUAAAGUAACAUCUCCUGCAAAAUCUAGACCACCAAAUUCUGUACUUCCAAGACCGUCAUCUGCAAAUAGCAUAAACAGCAACAGUUCUUCAAACCACAGUGGGUACGUACCAGAACUGCCACUGCCUUCCAUGGGAGGAGAUUUAACGAGCAGAUUGUCCAGUGAUGAAGGAGAAGCGGAUGGAGCUGAAGAAUCUGAGAAAUUAGACUGUCAUUUUUCUGGACACCAUCCCAGACCUCUUGGGUUUUGUUCAUAUGGCAGUCGCUUAAUGGGAAGAGGCUACUAUGUUUUUGACAGAAGAUGGGACCAUUUUCGAUUCGCACUAAACUCCAUGGUAGAAAAACACUUGAACUCACAGAUGUGGAAGAAAAUUCCUCCUGCAGCAGAUAGUCCCAUGCCUUCUCCAGCAGCACAUGUCUCCACUCCUUUUCCAGCAUCAGUCUUACAGCCUUUCAGCAACCCCAGUGGGGUGUAUAUUCCUUCAACACCUAUCAGUUCAAGAAUCACUUCUUCUUCUUACAUAAUGACAUCAGCCAUGUUAUCAAAUGCAGCCUUUGUGACAACGUCAGAUACGAAUUCCAUUAUGUCGCACACUACAGCUUUUCCUCAUGUGGCUGCAAGUCUAAGUAUCAUGGACUCAACUUUUAAGGCGCCAUCAGCUGUGUCACCAGUGCCAGCAGUCAUCCCUUCCCCAUCCCACAAGCCAUCCAAAACAAAAACCAGCAAAUCCUCAAAAGUGAAAGACCUGUCAUCUCGGAGUGAUGAGUCGUCAAGUAACAAAAAGAAAAAGCCGCAGUCGUCGUCCUCGUCGUCCUCAUUAUCUUUACAGACAUCUUCCUCAUCUUCAUUUUCAGGGUCCCACAAAAAGAACUGUGUCCUGAAUCCCAGUUCAACUUUGAACUCCUAUCAGGCUACAUCUUCCUAUAACAGUAUGUCUGUGCACAAUACAAAUAACGGAACAAGCCCACUCAGUGCCAAAUCGGAGCCCUCAGGACGGACUUCAUUAUCCAGUAGUUCAACAGACUCAGUGAAACAUAUGAGCAUGGUAGUAAGCAGUAUUGACUCUUCUAAUCUGUCUGUAUCUUCUCUUGUGCACCACUCAGGGGACCAUUCCCUGGGAGCACAUAAUGCAGUGUCUUCUCUACCCCUUUCUUUUGACAAAUCAGAAGGAAAAAAGCGUAAAAACUCUAGUUCUAGUAGCAAAGCCUGUAAAAUCACUAAAAUGCCUGGUAUGAAUAGUGUUCAUAGAAAGAGCACUGCCAACCUUAUUUCUGCGGUGCCAGAUCCUACAAGCAGCUCCAUCUCUCGGCAGAUUGGAAAAAAUAGCAGUGUAGCUUUGUCACAAUCCAGUCCUUCGAGUACAUCAAAUCCAGUACACAACAGACAAAAGACAUCAAACCGGACUGGUAGAAUAAGGACUCUUCCAUAACAAGGAAAAGGAACCAGCCUAUAAUCUCUAGCUCUCAGCAGCCCUACUCCACAGGGUUUUUCUUUUCUAUGUCCUGCAGAUGGAUUUAACCUUUUAUGAAUUUGUGGUUUUAAACAGAAUUAAAUUUACAGAAAACUGUAAUAGUGAUUUGUUUAGUUUUUCACUUGUAUUUGCCACUGAUCUGUGUGUUCUGCUUGGUUAUGUUUCAUGCCUUUUUAAAGCUGUUAGCGUUGCAAUGCUCCCUUUGUUUCCUUACCAGAACACAGAGGACAUUCCAAAAAAAAUAAAAAUAAAAAAAAAGAAUCCAGAUCAUGAUUUGAAUUUAUUUCAAGGAUCUCCAAAUUUUUUCAUUAACUAAAAAUUACAGUAAUUCUGUGUUUAAGCUUGUCCUAUGGAUAAAAAUUGAGUGCAUUUCUUAGUAACUUGCAAACAGCUGGGGCACUGCAACUUUAGGGACUAAUCCUGACUGGUGCUCUGUACCUACAGCAUUUAAUAAUUUCAGUGGGAAUUCUGAGUGUUCAGCCUUUUCCAGGAUCAGGCUCUUAAGAAAUCUAUACUUCAAUCAAUGCAUAGAGGAUUUUUGCACCAAACUGUAAUUAAUGUUAUCACGGGCUCAACGUGUAAAAUCCCCAUAUCUCGGUGGAUUUCUAGACCCUUAAGAUCAUAGCACUUGAUAACUCCAGAAAGCAGUUUGGGUUUGCAAGGACAGGAGUUGAGCAGAUUGGCUUGCAUUAAUAGAAUUGCACUGACAGUGUUUCUUAUAGGAUUACUGAAUAAUUUUUUAAAUAAAAUAUAGAUUUUAUAAUCGGGAAGCCAAUACUAGGUACUGGAACAGUAGUACAGAGGAGUUAAUUUUUAUUUCUACAGUGUUAAAAGUGCACUUAUAUGCUGGUUUAUUUACAUCUUGGGGAAAGGCGAGAGACUGCAAAUAGGGAGAUUAUUACUACUUUCUUUUUUAAAAAAAGAAGGCUUAAGGCAAAUUUUAAGACUAAAAAUGUUUAAGCAAUUAUAAACAAGGCUAGACCCUUUGAAAAAAGUUUAGAAAUAUUCUUAAAAUAAAUUUUUAUAGUGUUAAUUUUGUAAUAAUUUAUGUUUUGCUAUACUUCAGAGCUAACUGACCGGUAUAGUUUCAGAAACAGUAUGAAACUUAGGAAAGUUUAAGCAAUGUUUAUAUUUUUAAAAUGUUCUUUGAAUUAUGUUUUUAUUGUACAUUUCUUCAGACUGAAAAAUGUGUACAUAUCUUUGUUAUUUUUGCACAAUUUUUGUCUUGUUCAGUUUUAGGAGCAGUACUAUGAUUUUUUUAAUUUAUUUUGAGUUAUGAAACUGCAGGAGUUUAAAAAUCUCAGUAACAAAGUCAUCCUCUGUAAUCAAUGAACUGCUAUUUCUAGUUGUUGAGGGAAAACAGUGGUUGUGAGAUUCAGUGGUUGCUUCUGAGAAAUACUGCUAAUCAAUGACUGAAGGAGCAAUUUUGUAGUUUUAGGAAGCUUUAGCUCUUUCCAUGCAUCUUUUAAUUGGAAAGCUGGAAUAUGGAGCCUGUCCUUUGAAUGCUGCUUAAAUUUUUUUUUCAACUGGCUUACACCUGACAGCAUUUCAGGAAAGUUAAGCAUGAAGUAAAAUCCCACAGUGUUCUUUCAUCAUCAAAGAAUCAUUAUUUAAUUAUACGUAUCAAAAAUUUCAGCCUGAAAAGUGAAAUGGAAGUAGACAUUUGAAAAAAAAUGGAUACAAACUGGACCAGCCUAUAAUGCAUUAUUAGUGUAGCAUUCACUCAGUAGUUCUUUUUCUUCCCCGUUUGCCUGAAAAUCUUGUGAUUUGUUUCCAGCAAUAGAGGCUCAGAAGCUUUGGUUGUUCCACAUACGCAAUGCAUAGGCCCGUCAGCCAUAAAAAGCGACUUGGAUAACUUGUAUGCCUUCUUUUGUAUUGAUGUAACAAUUGUAAAUAGUGCUGAUCGACCUUUGUAGAGAAUAGUUUAUACAGCAUAUUCUAUUAUUGCUGAUUCUCAGUGAACUAUUGUUUUAAAAAAAAGAAGAAAAAAAGAAAUUUUUCUAUUUACACCUUAUAUUUUGUUAUGCUGUUGACCCAUGGCACUUUAACAAAACUCUGUGGGUUUUGCAUAGCUGGUCAGUCAUGGGAUAUAUUAAAUAACUGUUGUUGCACAGAAAUGAAUUUGCACCUGCUAUAUUGUGCUUUCCUACUACAGAUUUUAGAACCUUUUCCAGAAGACUUUUGAAGAAAGCAUGUCCAAUCAUUCUAAGAAAAAAAAAAUGCCAUACUUGUACAGCCAAUUUCUUUUCUACAAUCCAUAUUUUGUAACACUAAGUAUUUUCAUUCUUUGUCCUGCACCUUUAUGUAUUAGCAGUAUCAGAUAGAAUUCAUUCCAUGCUUGUGAUAAUUGUAAGCAGAAUAAAUGUCUAAAGUAGGUGUAAAUAGUAAAUUCUAUGGCUUACAGUUUAAAAAAGGAAAAACAGAACAAACACGUAUCUGAUUGAUACUGCCAUGGUUCAACACCAGGCCUGGAGAUAUUCUCUAGUGAGCGAUUGUAUUUUUUGGUUUUUUUGCUUUAUUAUUAUUUUUUUUUUGUAACAUGGCUUUGUAAAUAAAAUAAUUUAUAUGUUUGUAAGAAA